AUGCAAACUACAGUGUGGCCAGUGGAGACGGGCAAAUAAAAGAAGGGAAAAUGGAUAAACAGCUCUGACGACUGCCCAAGAGUGGCGGUAAAAUAAUAAUAAUAAUAAGAAUAAAACAAAACAGCACUGUGGAUGUCUAACAACAUUUUUCGACAGUUUAUGGAUUUGACACAAUGGGGAAUACAGCUGGAAAUAACUGGCAGAGCAUACCGGAAUUAGCCCCGUUACUGCAUUAAGCGUAGACAUUAAUGUCGCAUUCCAUGACAGUGACUAGGUGGACCUAAAACUGUAUCCCACCGGCCCACAUAGCUAGUUUAACAUAUCCACAAGCAAAAAUACUGGCAAAUGUCAAUAAUAAGGGUCAAGCGAACGGCUUGUGUGGGAUCAGCGCUCUGAGACUGGCUGGCGGAGCCGUGUUAAGGCGCACAAGCGGAUUAAGACACGUGAGCAGGUGCCUUUGUUGGCUCGCGCCGUUGCUAGUGGAAACCCGCAGUAGCUCUACGCGCGAGAGGAGACGCUUGUAAUGACUCCAAAUGAGCACUACUUCAUCACGGGGGUGAAUAAAACGUGUCUGACAGUUUUAGGAGUAUUUCAGCCAAUGCAAGUUCCAGCAACAUGUUCUACGGUUCCUCAUCUGCCAGCAUGUCUCUGCCAUCCAAGAACCGCUUAAAGCGACAGAGUCGCACAUUUACUCAGGUUCUGUACCGGACACUGAGUUAUCGUGAUCGUCGAUCUGUGACUGACCUACCUGAGCAGGUACGGGAUGAUCCGGCUGAGCUUUCCACCCAGUCAUCAGCGCCAGGUGUGCUGAAGGUAUUUGGUGAUGAAAUUAGUGCUGGUGCGAACUACAAAAGUGUUCUUGCCACAACUCGUUCCAGUGCACAAGAGCUGAUCAAAGAGGCACUUGAGCGCUAUUCUCUAAACAAGGUUUCGGCCUGUAGCUAUGUGUUAUGUGAUGUCAUUGGUCGGUUUGAGGGACCAGACCGACGGUGGAGGACUGAGUGCCUUCGGGCACUAGGGAACAAUGAAAAACCUCUUCUUCUGCAGGACUUGUGGAAGCCUAAGGAGGGGUACUCUCGCCGCUUUGAGCUGAGGCGCAGAGCCGAGGUGGAGGAGCUGGCAUCAAAAGAGAAGGACACAGUGACUGCAGAUAUAAAUGCUCAAGCAAGGAAGCUUCAGAGAAACCGCGCAAAAGGAACAAUGACACUCCAGCAUGGAACCUCAUUUUGCCGCAGUCUCAGUGAAACCAGCCUUAACUUGAUGGGCCUGCCUGGUGAAGAUCCUAAACGGUACUACUCCACCCUCCCUGGGCCAAUCAGAACACGCUCUGCACGAGACACUGAGAUCCAUAAAGAACGUGAUGGGGGCGGAGUUAAACACUCUCUUUACCAAUCACCACACUUGUUGCUUCUUCAAGGGUACAACCAACAUGAUUGCCUGGUUUACCUGUUGAACAGGGAACAACACACAGUUGGUCAAGAAACAGCAUCAGCACGGCCGAAUAUCUGCCUGUCCUCUCCAGAUGUGCUUCCACUUCACUGCCGAAUACGUCAGGCUCCACAACGGCGCUCUUCCUCAGACCAGCGAUUACUUCUAGAACCUGUUGCCCAUGGCAACGUGCUGGUUAACUUUAUGCGCAUUGAGCGGCCCACUCCGCUACAUCAUGGCGAUUUACUGUCCUUUGGUGCUCAUUACAUCUUCCUAUACAAAGACCCACUGAGUGCAAAACCUCUUCCUGCCCAAACUCUAACGCGACUUCGAGCAUUGGCGCGACUUUGUGAUGGUGAUUCGGGGGGUGUGCCAGAGAAGGGAGAGGCGUGUCGUAUGUGUGGGGCAGUAUUACAUGAACCGGUGGCAUCUCGGCGCAGCUCAAAGGCUCCAACUCUUAGUGCACAGAAACGAAAGCUUGCGCUUGAAUUUGAGCGGGCUCACGAGGAUGCACUGGUGAACCGGCUGCUGACACUCAUUGAGCCGAGCGGGGACGACCACAAGCUGACUCCAGCAUAUCUGCUUUGUCUCUGUAUCAAGCACUCAGCUAAUGCAUUUACACCUGGCAGCUUUGGUAAACUAUUGCUGAAAAUUGCCAAGAGGAUUCAAACCAUGGCAUGGGAAAAGACAAAGGAAUUGGCACAGAAGCAAGCUCAGCACCAGGACCCUACCUCCCUGUCUCUGCUAAGCAUCUCAGACUUAGUUCCUGAUCUUCAGUUCAUUUUCUUCUGGAUGUCAAAUGCCAUCGAAAUACUGUAUUUUAUCCAGCAGAAAUCACCCGCAUACAUGCAGACUAUUGAGCUCAUGGAGGACAAAGCGGGGUCUAAGGAAUCACUACUCUCAGCAACAAUAUCAGCAAACGAAGAAGCCAUGACCAUACUAGAGGAAGUGAUCAUGUACACCUUUCAGCAGUGUGUCUACUACAUCACCAAGACCUUGUACAUUGUGUUGCCCGGCCUGUUAGACUGUAACCCAUUUGGGGCAGAGUCUUCAUCGGAACAGUGUCAACAUGCGGUGGGAGUAUGUGUGUGUACUGUGUGUGUUAUGCCGGAGGCUGUGCGGAGGGUGGUGAGUGUUUUUCAGACUACAUCAGACCUGCUUCAGCAGUACCAGGUUCACUCAGAGAUUCAGAGUCAAAUGUUCGCCUACCUCUUCUUCUUUACCAACGUCUCUCUCUUCAAUCAACUCAUCGAUAAAGGCCCUGCACGUGGUUGGUUUCAGCGUUCUCGGGUAUUGCAGAUCCAGGCUUGUGUGAAGAUGCUACUGGACUGGGCUAAAGGGGCGGGGCAUAAUCAUCUCACUCAGAAAUUUGCCGCUAAGUUCUGCAGCACUGUGAGCAUUCUGGCCACGCCACCACAACAACUUUCACAGAUGAGUUGGAAAGCUUUGUGUGCAGAGCACCCCUCUUUGAAGCCUGUCCAACUACACAGAAUACUCACACAGUACCAGCUGAUGGCUGAACUGGGUCCUCUCCCAAUCUGGCAACCAAGCAGUGAAGAUGAAGCCUGUAUCUACAGAACAGUUGAUCUAAUGGAGAGUUUUGAGAACCAUCCUCCUAUUGUGCUGCCGAGUGCUGGAUUUAAGGUGGACCUGGAGAGUAAUUGUGUGGAGGACAGUAUAUACCGCCAGCUACUUUAUGUUCGUCACUUUCUGUGGGGUCUACGCUCCAGGACCCAUAAUUCAAAUGGCUGUGCAGACCGGCAGGAAGCCCAGCAUGACCCUCCUCAACCUCACUCUAGUCCACACGCAGCAACUCCUUUGCACUGGGAGGGAGAGGGGGAGGUGCAGGGCUCCUCUGCAUGUCUCGGAGGAAGAGGAGAGGGGGCUGGAGCUGAGGAACGACCCAGAGACAAACCGACACAUACUAUUCACUCCAGAAAUGGGACCAGCGUUCGUUAUACCAACCAAACGCAAGCAACAGACUCUUCUUGUAUACUGACUCCACCUAACACACCCCUCUAUCCCGAACACACACAUAUACACUCCAAUACACAGUCCAUUGCACCCCAUUACUCCGAGCAUGCUUCACAAGAGCACACACACACAUACUCUCACACAAAUUCCAAUGGUUGUGCGCGUUCCACUCCAGAGCACAAGAAAAUCAAUGGCUUCAUCAGCAAUAGUAUUGAAGGCCCUUUAAGUGGUUGUGGCUUUCCUUUCCCUGUCCCUGUCUCUCACAAUCUGGGCCCAAACUCUGAUGAUAUCUGUUCCGUCUUUGUAGUGGAUCUGGAUAAAGGACCAUACGGCCUGGGAAUGGGACUUAUCGAUGGACUUCAUACUCCUCUGAACUCGCCUGGAAUCUAUAUUAGGACACUGAUUCCAGAUGGACCAGCUGCUGCAGAUGGGCGACUUUUUAUCGGUGACAGAAUCCUGGCAGUGAAUGGGACCAGUCUCAUUGGAGCAGACUACCAGAGUGCUGUGGAUUUGAUUCGUUUGGGGGGAGGACGGCUCCGGUUUCUUGUCGCCAAAUCAGAUCUUGAAGUAUCAGAGAAGAUCAGUGCCUCUUCCUGCUGAGAGAGAGGCUGCAAAUGUGACACUCUACCUAAAUGAAAUAUGAGGAGGACAGCGAGUCCUUCUUUCCAAGACAGGAGACGGGACAUUAAGCACACAAUAGGACAUCUCAGCGACUACAGCCCUCGACCUCAGCCCUGUACAACACUGCACUCUUCCCUGUCAGAAAGACAGUUUGACAUAUCUGUUUUUACCUCUUACCCAAUUUGGGUUUAAUUCUUGAUUGUUACAGAAUAUUAAAUGGAAUGUAUUCAUGCAAAUAAUCUGUCUGGUACUGAAACAUCACCAAUUGAAAAUUGAAGUGCAAGUUAAAUUUUUAAAUUGAAUUAAUAUCUAAUGUAAAAAUAAAUAAAUAAUUAGCAAACAAUAAAAACACAGAAAUGUGGCAAUGGCCUCGGAAAAGGUGAACCUAAAUGUAUCUUUCUUGGUUGAUGAAAAGGUUAGAUACAAAAAUAUUUUGCCCUACUAUACUUCACAUUUUCCUAAUGGAUAAAAUCUCUAAAAUUUGUUAUGCAGAAUCAUUCAAACUGAUGGUAAACAAGCAGGCUCAACUCCUUGAUGGUUUCUGUAUGAUCAUUUGAUAUAUACAGGAUACAUGUAUAUAGGUGUGUGUAUAAUAUAUAUAUAUACUUGCUGAAAUCCACUGCAAGUGCCCAAUUUCAUGGUGCAAAUCUCUUCUCUUUCUCUUGCUCAGUUUUCAUGUUAGCAGUACUCACAAUAGUAACAAUUUACAGUUAAAACAUUUACAUACAGCUUAUACAGUAUAUAUGCAUAUAACGUUUUCAAAAUGGCAAAGUUUUAACAUAAGUCAUAGUAUUCAUAAUAUAAGAUAAGCUGUUUCAUUUCUAUUUGAGAAAACAUUGUAAAUAACGUUUUUGAAUACAAAAGUUUUUUUUUUCUUCCUUAUUUCAUGUUUGUA